AUGAUAUCUAAAAUUAAGGAUGCAAGGCUACAAAUAUUAUCAAAUACCAGAAAUAAUAUAGAUAGGAUUUCCUAUAUACAAAAUUGUUCAGAUAAUGUUCAAGAUGCUAGAAGGAACUAUCAACUUUCUAAAGUUCUAGAUGAGUCUAAUGAAAAUGAAAUAUCUAAUAAUACAGUAAUUUUGAAUGUUUAUGAUUUAGAUAGUAUUAGCGGUAGUUUUAAUCGCUUAACAAGAAUAUUUGAACUUGGUGCUUUUCAUGCAGGAGUUGAAGUAUAUGGAAUAGAAUACUGUUAUGGUUUGACAACAGAUGGGAGUAGUGGAUUAACAGUAAAUAUGCCCCGACAACAUCCUACUCAUAUAUACAGAGAAAGUAUAACAAUGGGUAGAACAAAGUACACUAGAAAUGAAGUAAAAUUACUAAUCACAAGAUUGAAAUAUAAAUGGCCUGGGUCAGAAUAUAAUAUUUUCCGAAGAAAUUGUCUAAAUUUUGCAGAUGAGUUUUGUCAGAUAUUAGAGGUUGGUACUAUUCCAAAUUAUGUAAGAUCACUCCCAGAUCUUGUCUGUAAAGCAGGUGAUAGUAUAGAUAGAGCUGUUGAUCAUUUGACACAUGUUUUUAAUACACUCGUAUCAACUUGCUCAAAUAUUAACUCACCAGAUUUACAAAAUAGACUAUAUAGUAGGCAAGAUACAAAAGCUACAGUAACAACACAAUCUGGAGUUGUAACUCCGAAUUCUUAUAUUUCCUCAUCUACAAAUAAUAGAAUCUAUUAG